AUGGAAUAUUACCGUCUAGAGCAGAAUUACGCCAGAUGCUUGGUUAUGCAAGAUGCAAGCACACCGUGGUCGCAAGAUACCGCCCUGGACAGUGCGGGCACACAGAAUGCCAUCUUGCAAACACUGAAAGACUCCUCACUGUACGGUUUGGCUAGAUCGUUACAUGUCGCACCGCAACAGAUUGAUUACGAGUGUGCCUGGCGGCUGUCCGACUGGAAUGUACUAUUCGACGCGGACGGCGGUGUUGGUCCCAAUGUCCCGAAGAGAGCACCGGCUGCCGGUUCGAGCGCGCUGCUCCUACAGUCGCGAUCCUUCGAGCGAGCGCAUUACAAAGCGCUCAAGUGUUUGCAGCUGCGCGAUGAACUCGCGGUGGAAAGUGCGAUCGUGGCAGCGCAGCGUGCCGUUAGCGAACUUUUCAAGCUUACCAGCAUCGAAUCCACCAAACACAUCUACCACGGGCUGUGCCGGUUGCGGAUGCUGCAGCAGAUCGAAGACUUCGGUGAGGUACACUUCUCCAGACAGAUCGACUGCGAGCAGGACCUGCUGAACCGGUGGAGGGAACAGGACGAGCUGCCGCACAGCGAGUUCACGCUGCUGGAAACGAUCCUUUCCCAGCGGCUGUCCAUCUUCAGCACGGCCGGGAUUCGUGCGAAACGUAAAUGGGUACCGCCGGCAGUGUACAGCACGCUGCUGCAGCAGAUCGAAGACUUCGGUGAGGUACACUUCUCCAGACAGAUCGACUGCGAGCAGGACCUGCUGAACCGGUGGAGGGAACAGGACGAGCUGCCGCACAGCGAGUUCACGCUGCUGGAAACGAUCCUUUCCCAGCGGCUGUCCAUCUUCAGCACGGCCGGGAUUCGUGCGAAACGUAAAUGGGUACCGCCGGCAGUGUACAGCACGCUGCUGCUGCUGAUCCACGAAUCGCGCCUGCGAGGCUUCGUGGACUGUGCGGUACGGAAUGUGGUGCUGAUCGGGAAGCAGGAGCUGCCGGCCAACGUGCAGUCGGUGGUGAUGCUGGAAAAUGCACAGCUCAAUUGGAGUGCCGGCCAGCCGGUGCUGGCGAAGGAGUUGGCGUGGGAAGUAAUGAACAGCGCCAAGUACACUGAUCCGAUGGUGAAGGGAGUGGCGUGUCGCCUUUACGGUGAGUUCCUUGCCGAAGGACACUCGCAGGAGAUCAAGUCGCUAUGCUCGGACUACUUUCAACAAGCGGAAAAAUAUGUCCAGUUUGUGCUGUCGCGACAGGCGGCGGCGACGGCUGCGGGUGGCGAACAGAAAACCUCGCCCGGGAACGUUCCCGCUAACCAUCGUUGCUUCGACGUGGAUCGUAACUUCACCGUGCAGCACACCGUCGCGAAGUACGCGGAUCGUGAAUUUGUGCGGUAAGGGGAUAUACGACGCCAAGCGUCAACAUGCUAACGUUGCACAACGUUGCCGAUGAGGAAAUGAACGCUCUGCUGACUCAGAAACAGAAAC